AACAACAAAGGGUUUUACUUCCGGGUCACCUUGCUCAGCUUCACUGCUCGCUGUUUUGAGGGGCUGCAGGUGUGUUCGUGUGUUGUUUUCGUGAUGUAUCAUCAACCUGUGCUGAAAAACCGGCGGACGCUUCUUGAGAGAGCAGAGAAGUUCAUCUCUGAUAUUUACUUCACUGAUUGUAACCUGAGAGGACGGUAAGGAUUUGUUCAUACACACUGAGACUGAGAUAAGCUUUCAUUUUGCUGAUUACUAAAAACUACUUUCUACAGCUGGACAUCUGCAAUAGUUUGUUUACACUAUAAUUAAAGUACUUAUUUUAAGCUUUGCAUUAUAAUGGACACCUCCCCAUAUUUAUUCAUUCACUCUUAUACUUGAAUAGAGGAGAGUGGAGUAAGUUGAGCCAAAGGGUAAGUUGAGCCACCCCCUGUUGCUUGGAAAUAGUAAAAGAAAUUGAUAAUGUGACCAAAUAUUUAGGAGAUGGGCAUCAAUUCAUGGAGUCUGUGAAGGUUAGAAGCACAUGGGUGAAGGGGUUAGACAUUAAUUUCCAAAUAAAACAUUUUUCACUCUUGAAAGUGAAUUUAGUCUGUCAUGAGUUUUAUUAGAAUUGUGUUCAGACCAAAAAAGAUCAUUUUAAAUUUGUUUUAUACAUCAAUUGUGGUAUUUAUGAGCUACAACAUGAGGUCACAUAAAAGUCCACCCCAUACACGGGGUAAGUUGAUCAUAGGAGACCACUUUUUUUGGCAUGCUAUAUUAUGUUUACACUCAUUCUGUUUGUUUGCAGGGAUGUGCAACAUCUUGAAAUAUAUGCAGAUACACUAGUUAGAGAUAAAACUAUGAUUGCCUUGAUGUAGUGAUCCGAAAUAUGAAAAAUGGCUCAUCACACACCAUCAUAAAUGAUAUACAUGUGUUUCUUCUUGUGCCAGACUUGUUGUGACUUUCUCAAUGAUUCUUUCUCUGUACAGACUCUAUGGAGACUCUUGCUCGCUCGAGUCCAUCGCCUCCUUCUUGUCUCCUAAGCGGAUCACAUUCAGUGAAGCUUCCCAGCAGAUCUUUGUACCCUAUAAAGUAGGCGAUACCUUUGGACCCACGUAAGUUAAAUAUUUUAUAACCCUCAGAUCUGCUAUUCAAUCUUGGCAACAACUCAUGCCUUUGAUGCUUUCUUACAGUUGGUGGACUUGCUGGUUUAAAGUGACCCUGAAAAUCCCAGAAACCUGGAGAGGGAAAGAGGUUCAUCUCCGGUGGGAAAGUGAUGGAGAAGGAAUGGUCUGGAGGGAUGAACAGCCAGUUCAGGUUAUACAGCAAUAGUAAAUACAAAGCAGACAAGAUUAAAGAGCAGAAAUUAUACAACAUCAUUUUAAAAAGUUUCAUUUAGACAUGUGAUACUUUAAAUUUCAGGGUCUGACUAAAGAAGGAGAAAAGACGAGUUACAUCUUAUCGGACUGUCUGAAAGAUGAUGAGCCUCACAGGUCAGCUAAUUAAAAUAUCAUCAACUUUGCCCACUGAGUUAUUUUGCCACCUUUAGCUAAAAGGUGAAUAUUUUCCAUUGUUCUUCAGUCUGUCUCUUUAUGUAGAGGUGGCCUGUAAUGGGCUUUUUGGAGCUGGUCAGGAGAUCUUCAUCGGAGCACCAGAUCCAAACAAGAAGUUCUCGGUGCAGAAGGCUGAGCUGGUGGUUUUUAACCGAGAUGUGCAGGAGCUGCUCACUGAUUUUGAGAUGCUGAUUGACAUUGUGAAGGUGAGGAUACACUAAAAGAAACACACUGCAAUGUUUUCCUCUGGUUUCAGUUUAAUCUAAUUUUAUACUUUACAGGAACUCGGGGAAGGGGAGCAACGAGGAUAUCAGGCACUUUUUACCGUCAAUGAGAUGGUGAACCUCUGCGAUCCCUCUGAUCCAACCACCUUCUCCAAAGCACGCAGCCUUGCCCACAGCUUCUUCAGCCAAAGAAACGGAGAGAGUCAGCACACAGCUCAUGCGAUGGGCCACUGCCACAUAGACUCAGGUAUGUUUAUAUUUCUGUUCUUGAGCGAUGCUUCGGAGUUGAUCCUUUACCCCUCCUCAGUCUUGGUUAUUUUCAUCCUCUUAAGUACACAAAUCAGUUUAAUACUAAUAAGUUGAGUCAGACACCUCAUGUUUGUAAAAGCAUGAAAUGUUAACAGCAGGACCACAGUUUCUGUCAGGCAUCUGGGCCCUGACAUGAUUACUCCAUACAGGAAUUUGAGGAGUGACGAGCUUAAAGCUUAACUCCUACUUGGCAAACAGCACUAGAGUAGAGAAGUGGUGGUGGUAAUGAUGUGUGGGAGAGGGAGAUAAAGAAAAUUUACUGACUAGAUAGAUUGCUAAACUGGGGGGAGGUGAUUUUGUAGGAUGAUUGUAAAACCAUUGCGGCCAAAUUUGCCCUCCUGAACACAGUUUGCCCUCAGAUGCACAUUUUUAGACAGAAGUAUCAAAGAAAUAGUCUGUGCUAUCUCACAAAUACAAAUUUAACAAAGUGCACACAUCCUACAGCACUGUGUCUGUAUAUUAUAUGACUAUAAAACUAUGACUCUGUUGUGUCUGCAGCUUGGCUGUGGCCUUACGAAGAAACUAUCCGCAAAUGUGGUCGAAGCUGGGUGACCGUGAUCCGUCUGAUGGAGAAGAACCCGGACUUUGUGUUCACUUGCUCUCAGGUAAUUGACCUUUAAUUCACUUCUUAGUCAUUUUAAGUUUAAAAGAAUCUGAGCCGUCCUCUUCAGUUUUUAGGGUUUUUAUUGUUUUUGUCCAGGCCCAGCAGUUCCAGUGGGUGAAGAGCUGGUACCCUGGACUCUUCUUGGAGAUUCAGCAAUAUGUCAAGAAAGGACAGUUCAUUCCAGUCGGAGGAACGUGGGUGGAAAUGGUGAGUCUGUCUCUUUAAAUUCAUAUUUUCUUUAGCUAAAAGAUGCUAAUGAGGUGUUUUCCUGUCAGGAUGGUAACCUGCCUUCAGGUGAGUCGAUGGUUCGGCAGUUCCUGGAGGGUCAGCGCUUCUUUAACCAAGAGUUUGGGAUCUAUUGCAAAGAGGUAGGCAUUUGUACAAACAGAAGACACACAAAUAACCUGUUGAUCUUUUUAUAUUGUCUGCUGCCGUACAUCUGUGAGCACCUGUAAAUCACAAAUUCAUAAUAUCAGGAUUGUUUCUCCAUCGUCUCUAGUUUUGGCUUCCAGAUACGUUUGGCUAUUCUGCCCAACUUCCUCAAAUCAUGCAGGGCAGUGGCAUUUCCAAUUUCCUAACACAGAAGCUGAGCUGGAACCUGGUCAACACCUUCCCUGUAAGAUAAACAACCAAGCUGUUUCGAAGAAAAAAUAAGAAAAGAGGUGUUUCAUUUUUGGUUUUGAUUUCUUUUUCUCAAAGCACAACACGUUUUUCUGGGAAGGUCUUGACGGCUCCAAGGUUUUAACUCACUUCCCACCGGGAAAUUCCUACGAGAUGAAGGGCAAGGUUGAAGAUGUGAGUUUGGAUUUAGUUGUGAAAAUCUUUUCAAAUGUUGAGUCUGAUAAGACGUGAUGUUUAUGAUCCUGACUUAGCUUACAUUCAUGUUGGUUUCCCGUACUCACAGCUGGUGAAAACUGUGAAGAAUAACAAGGACAAAGGACGGGUCAACCACAGCGCAGUGCUGUUCGGUUUUGGUGAUGGAGGGGGUGGACCCACGCAACUCAUGCUGGACAGACUGCACCGGGUCCAGGACACAGAUGGACUUCCCAGGUCAGUUCCUGUCUCAUCCUCAAAUUUAGCACUCAACAGUGACAGAAACCAAGCCCAAACUGAGGCAGACAGACGUCAAACAAAUACAUUUGUCAUGACUUUUCCUGCACCCCAGGAUUCAUUUCCUCUGGGUGUGUGGUCACGUAGGCAGUGGUCUCCUCCUUACUUGUUAAAACAUGAGGAUAUGAGAGAUUCCUGCUGAUGUCAUUACUGGGUUGAUAUACAAUACUGGUUAGUGGAGUCAUGUUUUAGUCAGAGAGAUGUGCAGCCGAUGAAGUCAGCGGUCACCCUCAUCUCUGAUUUCUGUGUGUUUCCCAGGGUUCAGACGUCCAGUCCGGACACACUUUUCUCUCAGCUUCAGGCUGACUCAGCUCUGCUCUGCACUUGGACCGGAGAGCUCUUCCUGGAGCUGCACAAUGGGACCUACACCACACAGGCUCAGGUAGAAUAAACAAGCUCUCCAGAGUCCUCCUCCUCCAGAAAAACAAACAGAAUUCCAGACUAAGAAGAGGACAUAAUAAGAACAGCAAACAUCAUAAAACGAUAAAGUUUGAAAGCACGUGUUUUGUAAUUGUACAUGCACUCUUAUUGUUACACUGGAGUUCACAAACCAGUGAUGUGCAAAAUAAUUCAGAGUUGGCUGUUUUUGAUGAAGUGAAGUUACUUUAUAUUUUCUAAUCUUCAUUCUAGAUAAAAUGUGGGAACCGUCAGUGUGAGACACUGCUUCAUGACACAGAGAUAGUCAGCAGCCUGGCGAUGAGUCAGAACAGAACAUUCCAGUAUCCUGUGGAAAGACUACAGAAGCUCUGGAGGUCCGAUCACACGCCCAGUUAUGAAUAUAAAAAAUAGAAAAGGAAGAAAUCUUUCCCUUUGAGGUUGAUAUUGUUUUGUUUUCUUAUUUUUUUCUGUCCAGGCUGCUUCUUCUGAAUCAGUUCCAUGAUGUUAUUCCCGGAAGCUGCAUAGAGCUGGUUGUGGAGGAUGCACUCAGGUAUUAUGAAGGUACUUUUCCAGCGACUAUUCAUUUUCACUCAGUCAUAUUGAUUUGUUGUUUUGCACAAUGAAAGCACACCGUCCUGCUGUGUCUCAGAUAUCCGCAGUGAUGGUGCUGCAUUGCUGCAGGAUGCUCUAAAAGUCCUGGGCUCAAAGGGAGACAACGCUGGUGUGUUCAACUCUCUGCCAUGGGAGCGCCAUGAGGUCAUCCAGGUCCAAGAUGGUGCUGGAAAACCUGGUCUAGGUCUGCCUGUAGUUUAUCAUUACUUUGUUGCCUCCUGAGGUGAUACAGCUGCAGUUUUGAUGCUCUGUGUUGUUUGAUGUUUCCCAGCUCUGGUAAAUGUUCCAAGCAUUGGUCUGUCUCUGGUCAAAGACACGUCCCCUGUGGCUCCUGUCUCUGUCACUGUUCAAGUGAGUAUCACAUCCAGAGAGCGUAUAAUUUACUUAUCCAUGUUGUUAUUUCAUUUGGCUUAAAGAGAUGUUCCGCGAUUGUGCAGGGUGAUGGAACAGUCGUCAUGGAGAACGGGAUUUUAAAGGCUGUCGUAAACACAGACGGCACAUUGGCAUCACUGUGUUUGAUCAACGCAAACAGGUACUCAGAAACCACAUGGGAAACUCUCUGUACUCAAAUACAGAAUUCAGAUUAAUCCACAUCUCCAUUUUGUACAGAGAAACCAUCUCUGACGGAUGUAAUGGGAACCAGUUUGUCAUUUUUGAUGAUGUCCCUCUGUACUGGGAUGCUUGGGAUGUGAUGGACUACCACCUACAGACGAGGUAUUAAUCAUGAAAGCUGAAUACAUACAACAGCAUUAGUAAUUGAUAUAGACCUGAAUGUGAAAACCUAAAACCUGCUAAAUUUACCUGAUAGGAAGCCAGUGCUAGAGGUGGUCCAGCCUGUUCAUGUGGUGUCAUCAGACCCGCUCAGAGGCAGAGUCAGCUUCACUCUCAGGAUCAGUGAUAAGAGCAUCAUCACUCAGGAGAUUGUCAUGGACGCCAUGUGUCCGUACAUCAAGUUCAACACAGAGGUAUGUCUCUGGAAAUCAUUGAAUUUUUCAUUGACUUUUCCAUGAGUGACUAUUUUAUUCCCUAACUUCAGGUGAAAUGGGCGGAGUCUCACAAGUUUCUCAAAGUGGAGUUUCCUGUGCGAGUACACAGCCCCAAUGCAACCUACGAGAUCCAGUUUGGCCAUCUGCAGAGGCCUACACACAGGAACACUUCCUGGGACUGGGCCAGAUUCGAAGUAAGACCCUAUGAGCAGUCACUUAAGUUUUUACUAGAGCGUCAAGGAAAUUCAGACCAAAUAUCUCCUUCUCAGAGGAUUUAAAGGUUUCUCCAGCCCAAUGAAGACCAGAAAAUAAGGAAACAGACCUUUGAAUGCUGCGUGAAAUCAACCGAUCAAAAAUGUUCAGUGCUGCAGGUCAUGCCCCUAAAUCCCAGUACUCUUAGGAAGUUCUGUCCUUUGAGCAGGACUCUUUAGGGCAGCAGAAAAAACUCCUGAGACAAUCAAAACUUUGGCUCCUGUGGCUGAAAGUACCUGAGAUCAGCUUAACAUUGUGAAGCUGUUUUAACUGAAGUUAUUUGGGCAAAUUGUUUUGUAAUGAUUUUGCUGUUUUUUGUCCUCAGGUUUGGGGUCACAAGUGGGCUGAUCUGUCCGAGCACAACUUUGGAGUUGCGCUGCUGAAUGACUGCAAAUAUGGCUAUUCAGUCCACAAGAACACAAUGACCCUGUCUCUGUGAGGACCUGCACUGUUCAAUAAUCACUGUUAAACAAACCAAAUGUUGUGUUCAGCUUGUUUUGAAAUAGUUUGUACGUCUAAUAGUUGAUGUUUUUCUUAGACUGAGAGCACCGAAGGCCCCAGAUGCCAACGCUGACAUGGGCACUCACCAUGUUACCUACGCAAUCAUGCCACACGCAGGUAGUGUUUUGUGUUUAAAUAGAUCGCUGUCAUAUAAAAAUAGCAGGUCAUUUGUACUAUAAUAACCUGUGUUGUGAUGAAGGAUCCUUCCAAGAGGCCUCCGUUAUCCAGUGUGCCUACAAUCUGAACUUCCCUCUGAGGUCAAUCCAGUGCGCCUCCGACACUCAGCCCUGGAGUGCCUUUUCCGUCAGCGCUGCAGCGGUGAUCCUCGAGACCAUCAAACAGGUGAGCCAUUAGCCGCAGGACCUGAUUAUACUUGACCCUCUCCUCUCAGCCUAUUCAUAGACGUUUAUUCCUCUUACAACAAAAGGCCGAGGACAGGAACAGAGCACUCGUAGUCCGUCUUUAUGAGUCACACGGGAGCCACGUGACCGCUACUCUCCGCACCACCCUUCCGGUCAGGGAGGCUUGGCAGUGAGUGUUUUUCUGUUUAUGAAGUGUAGUACAGUCUCGUGUUUUUGUGGCAUUGUCCCCUGUGAACUAAUCUUUUAAAAAUCCUUCCUCUUUCAGUUGCGAUCUGCUGGAGAGACCAGACCCCACCCGCCCCGCACACAUUACGUCAGAGGGAAUCGCCCUGAACUUCAGCCCGUUCCAAAUUGUGUCACUUCUUCUUAUCCUCUGAAUCUGUUUCUCACCAAAACUACAGUGAUUUCAAGUUCAGCUCUUUAGCCUUAUUUACUAGAAGAAACAAUUCAAAAUUAGUAAAUAUCACAUUUGGUGCUGGUCCGUUGAUCAUAUACAAGGACACUUAACAUGAAGGGGAUCAUUUUGAAAUUAUAAAGGGUUAAUUUUGCAUCAAAUCACACAAACGGCACAACUUUGGUAGAAAAGUGUUUUAUUAAAAAAAUAUGUAAAAAAAAAAAAUUAUAAGUGAAUAAAAACCGUCCCAUGUA